AUGGAAGGGGAGAUCUCAGAUAUGGAACUUCAUGUGGCCACAAAUUUGGUAGAGGUGGAACCUCUCCUAACUGACGCGGAUCUCAUUCAGGCAGAGGUGGACAUCAGCCCAAUUGGGGCGAGGCACAGUCAGGAAAAGAAGGUUCUUUCUUAUACAUCUAGACAACUAAAGAUUCAUGAGAAGAACUACCCUACCCAUGAUUUGGAGGCCGCAGUGGAAAACGUGGUAGCACAUGCCUUGAGUAGGAAGUCAGUGAGUAUGGGCAAUUUGGCUAGAUUGAUCGCUUUGGAGCAUCCCUUAGCCAUAGAGGUUCCAACUCUGGCUAACAUUUUUGUGAGGCUCGACAUUUCAUAUUGGAGUAGAGUGUUGGCUUGUGUUGAGGCGAGAUCAUCGCUUCUGGAUCAGAUUAAGCCAAAGCAAUUUGAAGAUGCAGGGUUGUGCAAGAUUCAUGAUAAGGUCCUGAGUGGUGAGGCUAAGGAGGCCAUGAUUGAUAGUGAGAGCGUCUUGAGGAUCAAGGGACGUGUUUUCAUUCCUCGUGUUGAUGAUUUGAUUAGGACUAUACCUUGA